AUGGCCGCCGCGUCCGAGCACGUCGCCACGCUCGAGUCCCUCGGCAAGCUCUCGUCGUGGCCCAACGUGCACUACGCCCAGGAGAUGCUCGACUGGCUCGUCGAGAGCACGGGCCUGCCCUGGUGGGCCACCAUCGCCCUCGUCACCAUCACCAUCCGCAUCGCCGUCUUUCCCGUCGUGGUCAAGGGCCAGACGAAUGCCAUUCGCCUCGGCAACAUCCAGCCAGAGAUGAACCGGCACAUGAAGAAUCUGCAGGCGGCCAAGGCGUCGGGCGACAUGCGCGUCAUGACCGAGUCGACGCAGGCCGUGCAGAAGCUCAUGAAGGACAACGACUGCCACCCGAUCAAGUCGCUCAUCACGCCCCUCGUCCAGGCCCCGCUCUUUAUGACGCUCUUCUUUGCCCUCAAGGGCCUCGCUGGUGCUGGGCUGGAGAGCAUGAAGACAGGCGGCCUCUUUUGGUUCACCGACAUCUCCGUCGCUGACCCGACGACGGUGCUGCCCAUCGUCGCAGCGGGCCUCACCCUCGCUGUCCUCGAGACGGGCGCCGAGAUGGGCGCUGCAGCAGGCGCCAAGACGCAGCAGCAGCGCUACAUGCGCAACGGCCUGAGGAUCGUCUGCGUCGCCAUCGUUCCCUUCACCUGGAGCCUGCCCGCAGCCGUCUUCUGCUACUGGGCGACAAACAACGUCUUUUCGCUCCUCCAGCUCCUCUUCCUGCAGCAGGCGGGCGUGCGGCGGAUGCUCAAGCUGCCCAAGAAGGUCGACCGGUCCGGCGACGACGAGAACGACCCGCUGAAGCCGAAGCCGCCGUCGAUGCUCACCAAGCUCAAGUCGCGAGUCUCGCCUCCUACCACUUCCUUUUCUUCUGCGGACUCAGCGGCGGCAAGGCAGAGCGCGGAUAGUGUCCGGAGGCCGGCGCCGCUGUCGGCUUCGGCCAUGGCAGCGUCGACGAGGUUGCGCGCGGCGGACAAGGACGCAGAGCUGAGCAGGGAGAGGGCACUCAGGAGGCUCAUGGAGGGUGGCCAGGAGAAGGCGGCCGCGACAGAGGCAGCGUCGGCUGCUGUUGCUGCUGCUACUGCUGCCACUCCUGCCGCCGCCGCUCCUGCUGGUGCUGUGGAAGAGCAGGAGGUCGCAGAUCCCUAUGAGCUGACGCUGGAGGAGCAGCUCGAGAGGGAGCGGGCGCGCAAGAGCGAGGAGAAGCGACAGCGGGUCAUGUCUGCCAGGCAGAGGCGGCAGAAGAAGACGUAA